AUGCCAGAGCCGGAUACAACUCCUAUACCUCCCGUGCCGGAGCCGAGCACGGCCCCUAUGAGCGUGGAAGCACAGGAGGAGGAGACGGACGAGGACGAGUGUUGGGGCAGGUGGAGACCAACGUCGAGCACCACAGCCUCCAACAUUGCUCCUGGCUCGGGUGCGCCCGCAGCCAGCUCCCAGGGCGCCGUUAUGCAGGAGAAAAUUGCGGAUCUAGCCCAGUUCAGGCAGCGAGCCAGCGAAAGGCUCAACAGCUAUGGUGCCAAGUACGCCCCCAAAGGGGCCAGCAACAGCCUCUACUCCAAAGACACCGCCAAAGAGUCAGCCAAAGGCCGCGCCAGCGCCGCCCAACAUCUGGACAGCACCACCUCCACCGAGGGCCGCUCCGAAGGCUGCCGCUCCAAAGGUUCCAAAAGCAGCGGUUCCAAAGCCGCCGAAGGGUCCGAAGGCAGCGAUUCCAAAGCCGCCGAAGGGCGCGACUACAACAACGCCGGCUCCUUUGACAACGCCGGCUCCUGUGACAACCCCGGCUCCUUUGACAUCGCCGGCCGCGGCUCGAGCAAAGGCCAGUGCUCAAGCAAAGGCCGCUUCGACAAGGAUGCCGAGCCCUCCUCCAGCGCCCAAGGUGGAGAACACACCUCCGCCGCCGUUGGUGCCUAUGCAGGUGUGGGCCAGGCCUACUUCGACACCGAGACCUACCUCUGUGCCGGUUCCGGCGCCAUUGCCGAAGAGGGUGUCAUUGUCGGCAUACACGAAGCCAUGCGUGUUAGCUACACUUCUUGCUCGGGAGAGGCCCUAUCCACCGCGACAGGAGAGCUGCGUCCCCUGCUCACUCUGUUCGCAGAUGACACUCUGGGCCAAUGGGAGAUACAAUGCAAAGAGCACCUGUCCAUGGCAUUGACCCAGGUUGCCUUCCUACUCGACUUCUUGAAGGCACACAACCUGUGUGCCAACACAGAGAAAUCGGUGAUCCUCAUCAAGCUUGCAGGUGCCAAGCAUGUGUCGCUCUGGAAAAAGCACACAACGCACGACCCCGAGCUGGGACUGUGCGCCAGAAUUCCGUGUCAGGGGCAUCCUGUAUUGCUUCCUGUCAAGUCCAAGCACAAAUACCUAGGAGUAAUGUUGUCUUAUAACCACUUGGAACGUGAAACGGCUGCAUAUCGAACACGUUGCGCCCAGGCCAGUUUCGCGAGGAUCCAGGUGGCUACUAAGCGCACCAGUAGACUUUCUUUGCGCUGCAGGGUUCGCUUGUGGAGGGCAGUGGUGUGGACCACGCUGUGCUACGGCAUUGAUUGCACAGGCCUCGACAUUGUUGGACGCCGUCAGCUUUAUGCCACGGCUGUGCGACACUUGAGAGCUAUGGCCAACUCGCCGUCUCACAUCAGCAAGGAAACCACCUCGGCCCUUCUGCUCAGGCUGGAGCUGCCACACCCUGCGGAUAUGCUACUGGACAAGGCAAAGGCCAGACAUGAACGCACUAGUCAAUCACAGGUCUUCGCAUUGCAGCCACAGGGCCUGACACAGGUUUGGGAGGCUGUUCGGAGCUCACUUGAAGUGCCAGGUAGGAAGCCCCCUACUCCCUCCCAACCAGCCGUUGCGGUGACACCGCCGGCUGUGCUGUCUGCUGUGAUACAGGAGGACAAUUGCCCACCUGAGCCCACAGCUCAGAAUAGCCCGGAGGACCCGGUAGCCGUGCUAAACACAACACAUUCUGAGGUCCCGACCCCCACUGAGACGAUACCUUCGGCUCCGAUUGAAACGGGUGCCCAUGCUGACCUGGUGUGUCCUGUCUGUGACUACCAAGCUGCUGACACCACGGCCUUGAGGUACCAUAUGACCUCGAUUCACGGCCUUUCUGAGAGGGAGCUUGCCAUGGCCACAGCUGCACCGUUCAAGUUCGAAGAACAUUCGUACGCGGGCAUGCCCACUUGCAAACACUGUCGUAAGUCCUUCUCUGGCAUACCUCAGUUUCGUAGACAUAUCGAGGCCCAAGCAUGCCCUGUCCUGCACGGAUACACGAACAAUAGCAGGGAUUACGGACAGCAUCCGCCGCUCCCGAAAGAAGCGAGCACUGAAAGCACUCCGCUCAGGGACAGGCCGAGCACGAUCCAACAUCUCAGCGAGGGGGGCUGGCUGCAAUUGGCUCAAUCCCCAGGAUUUAGAGAAGUUGCACUGGCACACUGCCCGCUUUGUCACCUUUGGGUUGCCAACAGUAGCGGUCAAGUCAAGAAGCAUAUGCGCACAAAACAUGGGGACCAACAGGACUUGAUUCAAGAGGUCAUUGAAGUCUGUCGUAAGUCGUCUUACUUUAUCCAAUCCCCGUGCCAGUUGUGUGGCAUUGCUUGGAAGGGGGCACGAAUCCGCCACCGCGAGGCCUGCGCUGUGCUCUUUGCUGCGCGGCUGCUAGCUGCACACCACGGCUAUGUUUUCCGAGAUGAGCAUGGAACCCGAGCCAUCGCCUCUGAUGGAGUUCGAGUCGGUGUUCAACCAACCGCUGCCGAGCCCGUUCCCGUCCUUCCGCCACCCGCCGUCGGCACACCCGAUGGCAAGGGUCAAGGAGGGCACGGCGGCUAUUGGGGAAAGGGCCCGAACAAGGGCAAAGGAAAGGGCACUCAUCAGACACCGUGGCAGUCGUCUCAGGAUCCCUCGUGGCAGCUGGCACCAACGUCGUGGCAUCCGAGCUAUCCGAGCUACCAAGGCUAUCAGGGCUACUCGGACAUGUAUGUGACACAGCAGGAGAUCCAGCUGCUUCGGCAGCUGCUGGUGCGCCACGAGUGGGAGCUAGCUGCUCUCCGUGUGGAUCGAGGGUUCGUUCUCCACAUGAGGUCGGGCCCGGACGGCAUCCUGAGAGAGGUGUUUCAAGCGAGCAAGCUUUGGAACGAGGCGAAGACCCAGGGUACCCUUCAGAAUCUUACAUUGCGCCAGGCUCUCCUCAUGAAGGUCUUCACUGUCCUGAAGGAUCGAAUGGAGCAUAUGAACGAGGGCCACAUCGCCACAGCCCGCAAGCACGGUUGGCUCAGCCGGGACGGUAUGCAAUGGCAGUAUCUGAAGUGGUCACAGACUCACGAGAGCCUCAUUCCGGAGGAUCCAGUUCGACAGGUCCCACACGACUCCCUGGUGCAGCACAUCACAUCGAUCCUUCGAGCGUUGAACAUGGACCACAUGAUCCACCGCUUUGCAGCGACUCGCAAGCUGACAGAGAAUGUGGAGAACACGAUGCCAUUCCUGUUGCAGAUCUCCCUUCAGGGCCAGACGUCGCACCAACUAUUUCAGGCUCUUCAGGACUUGUGCGGAGCGGGAUGUCUUCAGCUUAUCGGCAUGACAAUGCGUCGCGAGCGCCUGGAGUUGCAGCCACUAGCCAAAAAGUUGAACUGGUGUCCUCUGGGAUCAUCGCUGCGAUCCUUGGUUCAGGCUGGCAGAGCAGUUGACAUUUGGUCUGUACUGCCUUGGAUUAGUGCCACCCGUACCUGGCGAGCACCUCGGAGGCAGCAUGACAUUGCGGAGUUUUUGCUCUACAUGCGUCCACGGCUCAAUGCUUCAUUAAUCGACGGUUCGUGGGGGACUGUGGGGUCCGCGCCCCAUCGUGGCUUGGAGGUUGUGGAUGAGGGCCACACGUGGCCCAUGCUGCUUGCAAACAGGCCCGCAUCAGCCGCCGAUGAUCCCACACCGUGUUCGGAGUGCUGCUUGCAAGACUUGAUAUCGUGCUGGCAUCAACAGGCGGAACCACAGGCUCUCCUGAAGCCGCCAAAGUUUUGUGCGAUUCAAGUGGGCCGUUUUGACAGCACGAAUGAUGGAGCUUGCAUUAAGACCGACUUCAAGCUUUGCCUGGAGCCCUUAGUGCACAUUCCUGCUUUUCGCGACAAUCUGCAAGAUGUGUACUUCGUUAAGUACUUUGUGAGAGCUUGUGCAGGGCAUCACGGUCCCACACCCGACAGCGGUCACUAUCGCUCAAUUUUGAUGCCACCGAAUGGCGUGCUUGCGCAGUCCUUCUACACUGAUGAUAACGCCACGGCUCGCAAAGUAAAGUCCUCGGAGCUUGUGGGGAUCCAGCAAAACGCAUACAUCAUUUUCUUGCAGCGCGCCGACUGA